GAAUGCCGGACAAAGAGAACAUAAGUGGCAACUUGUUAGCUUCUACCUCCAAAUAUCAAAAUAAGGUUGCCUCUGAAAAGAUCCUGCGUGCAGGGAAGGUUCUCCGUAACGCCAUCCUCUCCAGUGCGCCUCACAUGAUCCGAGACAGAAAGUUCCAUUCGAAAACAUACAGGCAGUGUUGCGUAGGAACAGAGAUGGUGGACUGGCAGAUGCAGCACAGCUCCUACGUGCUCUCUCGCCUUCAAGCUGUGGCCAUGUUGCAGGUGCUUCUGGAGGAAGGCGUUCUCCACCAUGUGGACCAGGAGCCAAGCUUCCAGGACAAGUAUCUUUUCUAUCGCUUCCUGGACGAUGAAGAGGAGGAGAGCUCUUUACCCAGCGAGGAGGAGAGGAGGGAGAGCCAAGAGGAGCUGCAGGAUACUUUGCUACUCCUCUCCCAGAUGGGGCCUGACGCUUACAUGAGGAUGAUUCUCAGGAAGCGGCCGUCGGAGAGAACGGAAGAUGAUUUGGAGAUCAUUUACGAAGAACUGCUCCACCUCAAGGCCUUAGCGCACCUUUCCACCACUGUCAAGCGAGAACUGAUGGGGGUGCUCAUUUUCGAGUCCCAUGCCAAAGCCGGAACAGUGCUGUUCAGCCAAGGCGAAGAGGGAACAUCGUGGUACAUCAUCUUAAAAGGCUCCGUCAAUGUGGUCAUUCAUGGAAAAGGUGUUGUCUGUACACUUCACGAGGGAGAUGAUUUUGGCAAGCUUGCUCUUGUCAAUGAUGCCCCCCGUGCCGCCUCCAUUGUUCUAAGAGAGGACAACUGUCACUUCCUGAGAGUGGACAAGGAGGACUUCAACAGGAUUUUGAGGGACGUGGAGGCCAACACAGUGCGCCUCAAAGAGCACGGCCAGGAUGUCCUUGUGUUAGAGAAGAGUCUCAGUAGUAAUCGGACCUCGGACCAUGGAGCCUCAACUUCCCAUUACAAGUACAAAGUAAUGUCCGGGACACCAGAGAAAAUUUUGGAACACCUACUUGAGAUGAUGCGAAUGGAUUCUCAGUUUUCAGAGUCAGAUUCCGCCUUAGAUGAUUUUGUGCUCAUGCACUGUGUCUUCAUGCCAAAUGUUCAACUCUGUGCAGUGUUGAUGGCUCACUACCACGCUCAGGCCUCGCAGGGCUCCGAACAGGAGAAGCUGGACUACACGCUCAACAACAAGCGUCGUGUGAUCCGCUUGGUCAUGCAGUGGGCCGCCUUGCAUGGAGAUCAUCUGCAAGAGGAAGACACAUCUGUGGUCUUCCUGGAGGACUUUCUUGUGGCUGUAGCUAAUGACGUGAAAUCACUUCCACUACUCAGUGAGCCACUACCAGAGCUGGAAAGAAUUGUAAAGUACAACACUGACGAUGCCAAGACAGCCCACAGAAAGCACAAAGUCUUACUGGAGCAGUUUAAUCGGGGAGAUGACGAGUUGCAGAAGUGUCUGCCCAUUAAGAGCAACGACGAAAUUCUAUUCAAAGUGUUUUGCUGCGACCACACGUACAUCACAAUGCGCGCCCUCGUUUCGUCCUCGGUCGGAGAGGUCCUGCAUGCUGUGGCCGACAAGAUGGGCUCAGUGGAGGACCUCCUACUGGUCAGUCUUAGCUCAGCUGGAGAUAAAGUCGUGUUCAAACCAAGUGAUGUAUCCGUGUUCUCCACUCUCACCGUUAAUGGACGUAUCUUUGCUUGCUACAAGGAUCAGCUGGAUUCUUUGACCCCCCUGCCGGAGCAGGAGGGUCCUUCUGCAGGCUCCUUGUCGAGUUUUGAGUGGAUGAGCACCAAGGAUGUUGCUUACCAUUUGACACUAUAUGACUGGGAGCUUUUCAACUGCGUUCAUGAGCUUGAACUGAUCUACCACAUCUUUGGGAGGCAAAAUAUGAAGAAAAGCACUGUGAACCUGGACCUGUUCCUAAAGAGGUUCAAUGAAAUUCAAUUUUGGGUGAUCACGGAGGUCUGCCUGUGCCCUCAGCUCAGCAAGAGGGUGCAGCUUCUCAAAAAGUUCAUCAAGAUCGCAUCCCAUUGCAAGGAGCACAGGAACUUAAACGCCUUCUUCGCUAUCGUCAUGGGUCUGAGUAACCCAGCGGUGAGCAGGCUGAAUCAGACCUGGGAGAAACUUCCCAGCAAAUUCAAGAAGUUCUAUGGAGAAUUUGAAAACUUGAUGGAUCCAUCCAGGAACCACCGAGUGUACCGACUGAUGGUCGCCAAACUCGAACCUCCCAUCAUCCCUUUCAUGCCGCUGUUGAUUAAAGAUAUGACAUUCACUCACGAGGGCAACAAGACUUUUAUAGAAAAUUUGGUCAAUUUUGAGAAAAUGCGAAUGAUUGCAAAUACAGUGAAGAUUGUGAGAUAUUGUAGAAGCCAGCCAUUCAGUCCUGAGUCACCAGUGGUGAACAAAAGCCACCCUGACGUGUGGCGCUUUGUGCGUCACUUCAGUGUGAUUGACAACCAAAGAACGCUGACCCAACUCUCCCAUGAACUCGAACCUCGCAGAUCUUGAUCCCCAUCAGGGAAGGCUGUCUUACUCGCAGCUUCCUUACUGCUGUUGCUGCUGUAACGUCAACACAGACAAUCACAGACUUGGAGGAAGUCAUCAGAGAUAAUGAGGUGCUGUUUCCAAAUGUGGAGGUUUUUCCUAUGCUGUAUUUCCACCACAGUCACUCUUAGCAAGCAAAUUAUUGCUCAUAGAGAAUAUCAAUUCAGGAAAGCAGGUAAACAUUUCUCUGGGACUUUAUGUUCUUGUUUAUUUCAGGUAUAAACUGUAUGUGUUGUGUUAAAUGUCUCAAUAUUUCUCAUAUCAAUUUAUCUUUUUGUAUGAAAUAUUAUUUAUAAAUAUUUGUGAACUUAUGUGCUGUAAAUUAUACAUAAAUAUUUAUUUUGUCAUUUG